GGUGGUAUUAAUUAUAAUGACCCUCGUGAUGAUGCAAUAAAUUUAACAAGUCUAGAAAAAAUUUAUUAUUCCAAAAACAAAGAUAAAAACUACAAGCUUUAUCAUAUUCAAUUUAUUUAUGAUUCAGUUGAAAAAAAUUGUCUACAAAAUCUAGAAGAUUACAGGCUACCAGGCUUUUCAAAGUCAGACAAUAUGAUGAUGAUAAAAUCAUCAAGUUCUCUAGAUGAAGAUGACACAAUAACAAGUUCUAUGACAAAUAUGAAUAAUCAAGAUGUCGAUGAGAAAAGUAGCUCAUUAAUCAAUGAAAAAAAUAAUACAAAAUCAAAAGAAAAACUUGUUAAUCAGCUAGUUAUUUCUGAUGAUGAUGAAUCAUCUGAUAGUUCUGUUGAUCAAGUAUCAUCAACUCAAUCAUCACAAGCAUCCAAGCAUUUGUCUGGCUGCUUGAUAUCAAAUGGUUCAGUGGAAAGUACACCUAUCAAUAAAACAGAAUCAGAUCUAGAUGAAGAUUCAUCAAGUAAACCACAAGCUCUUCUUGUACGAAAUCCAUUUUUCAAGAAAAAAAAUAAACAAGCAGAUUCAACAGUUGACAAUAAUAAAAGUCGUGAAAUAAAAAAAGAGAUAGAUGAUGAGGAUUCUAAACAAAUGGAUAAUACAUCUGACAUUGAAGAGAAAAAAUAUAAAGCAAAAAAAUAUCCACCAGAAAAACUAGAUGACCAUCUAGACAAUACGAAGAAUGGUGGAGCUGUUUUUAAACAGUCAAAAAAUGGUAUAAAUAAUUUAUUAUUACAACCAGAUGAAACACUAAGAAAUGAUGCUAAAUUUGUUAUUAAUUCAGUUAAAAAAGAGCGACAGGACAUUGAUAGUUACAAAUUUAAAAAUGGCAAUUGUGGUGGAUCAAAAGUACAUAAAACAGAAGUAAAAGAGCUUGAUGAAACAUCUGAAUCAUUGGACUUGUUAAAUCCAAAAAACAAUAUAAAUAAAAAAUUAUUAUUGAUGUCAAAAUCUAGUGAUGAUGAAUAUGAUGAUAUUGACAAUAAAAAAAAUACUGAUGUUAAAAUUAAAAUUAAUUCAAGUGAUUAUAAAGAUAAUAUUGAUACUGGUGAUACACCAGAAGAUAAUUUUUGUGAUAGCAUAACUGAAAUGUCAACUGAAGAAGUACAUAGUCCAGAUCUUUUUGGAUCACCUGCUUCGAUAAAUUUAUCACCUGUCUGUUCAACUAAAAAAUCAUCUAAAACAAAACAAGAAAACCAUACUUCAAAGCAAGCAAGCACAGAUGAAGAUCCAUCAGUAUUUUCUGACAGUCAAGAUAAAAAUGAAACAUCAAAAAUUUCUGUAAAAAAAGAUGAAUCAGUUACUGAAAAAAAAUUAAAUGAUCAACUAUCAUCUGAUGAAGAAAAUAACGAGCAUAUAAUAACAAGAAAAAAAAUAAAUUAUCAUAAAAAUAUAAAAGCUAAAAUUUCAAUUGAAAAUGAAAAAGAAAAAAUUGUUGCUAAUAAAAAUCCAUUAUCAAAAUGUUUAUCACCAACAAAAUCUAAUCAAAUGAAUUGUCAAGAUUUAAAUGACCAGUCAUCAUCAAAAUGUACUCAACAAAAAAAAGAAACUAAUAAACGUUUGAAUAAAUCACAACGUAUGAUAGGUAAUUGUCUAGCACGAGUAGUUGAUGUACCAUUGUCAUCAUCAGAAGAAGAAGAUUCAACACCAACCAAACGAGCUCGAUAUUCUGAUAAAAAAAAAUCAAGACAAUCUGAUACUAAGUCAUCAUCAUCAUCAAGUGAUAAUGAUAAUAAAUCUAAAAAAUCAAAUUCUUCAUUUGGUGAACCAAUCAAAGGAUCAUCAGAUAAUGACAAUGAAAAUAAACCUUGUUCAUCAACAAACAAUAAAAAAUCAUCAAAAAAAUCAACAAGUAAUCAUGAUGAUUCAUCAUCAGAGUUUGAUGAUAAUAAUACUGAACUUCCUGAUGAUUUAACAGCUCAUCAAGUUUCAAAAAUACAACACAAUCAAGAAGUUGCUAAAAAAUUAAAUAUAGAAAAAAAAUCUACCAAGAAUGGUGAAGCAUGGUUGGAUGGUACAAAGCUAUGUUUUUCAACUGAUUCACUAGAAAAACGUAGACUUCCAAAUGGUGAAAGAAGAAAAGAAUUUUUAAAAUGGGAACAAAAUGAAAUGAUACGUUUUGUUUAUGAUAAUGAUAAAUUUCGACAUUCACGUUCAAAAUCAUUUUGGAAACAAUUAUCUGCUACAGAUUUAUUUUCACAUCGAACGCCAGUUUCUUUGGUAACUCACUGGAUAAGAAAAAUAUUACAACCAGAGUAUAUUGAAAACUCUGGAUUACCAAAACAAAUUAAAGAAAAAUUUUUAUAUGAUUCAGAAUAUCGCAAGCUAAAAGCAAUAUACGACCACGCUAAUUAGAAAAUUGAUAAAGCAAAUUUAAUUUUUUUUUCAAAUAAUAAUCACUGUUGAUAAAUUUUAAUUAAAAAUUUUUUAUUUUAAAAAAAUAUAAAUAAAUAUACAGUUAUUAUUAAAUGAUAACUGUUUAAUUUAUGAUAGUCAUACAUGAAGAAUCAUUUUGUAUUAACACUGAAUAAAUGCAGUGAAAAAAAAAAAAGAUAUUUAAAAAAAAAUACUUAAUAAUUUGUUGUUAUCACAAUCGUUUGCUUCAUGAGCCAAUAUGACCUCGUCAUUAGUGACAAAUUAAAUAGUAUAAAAAAAAAAAACUCAUUAUCUUUUAAUAUUAAAAAAUAUAUAGAAUAAUAUUUUUUUAAUUUUUAUAAAAAAAUAAAAAAAAAACAAAUGAU